AUUGCAUACAAUACAUCUAAGCACGAAAGGCUGAAUGAAUACUGUGUUGUAGGGCAUUUUUAUUCUGCUCAUUUAUAAACUAACACACACACACACCCACACCCCACUUAUCCAUUAUUCAUUUUCUGAUUAUGUUAAACAUCCAUUUCUUAUUUCCGCUCCCACUUCCGUGUCUUUUACAUUAGUAGUAGUAGUAGUAGUGAAUAUACAUAUAUAUAUAUAUAUACAUAUAUGUACAAUACAUAAUAAGCCAACCCCUGUCUAUCCGUUAACACAAUGGCGUCAAUUCACUAUUUUCUAUUAAUAAUCUAAAUAAAAAAAGAUGACUCCUGUGUUGUCUGGCCUAUUUUGCAAAGAAAGGCGAAAAUGCUGACCAACUAUUUACUUUAGAAAAAAAGGCUGAACAUAAACAAAACUAUAUAACAACCAUCCAAUACAGGUUCGAUCAGCCCGGAAAUUUAAGGAUUCAAUAUUCAAUGUAUGUUAAAUAUUUCCAUUAUUUGUAUAUUGUGAAACUUCCUUUGAUCAAUUCUUAACGUGUUUAGAUAAAUCAUGUAAAGUUUCUUAAACAGAUUUGAUUUGAUUUCCUUAAUAUAAUGAUUAUUUAUACAUCAUAGUAAUUACAUUUUGUAUAUUAAUGAUAUAAUGAAUAUGAAUGAUAUACAUAGUUUAACACCAUGUAAUUAUAAUAAUGAAAAGGAAGAUUUAUCAAGUUUAUCAAUAAAACGAAGUCGAAUAGAUCAUCAUCAUCAUCAUCUUCAUCCUCAUCCUCAUAAUCAUCAUUCAACAGAAUUAACAAGUACAACAGCGAAAAGACCAUUCAUAAGAGUUGAAGAUAAUGAAGAAGAUGAAUAUAAUGGUACACAGGAUAAUAUCAUAACGACAACAACUAAUUCUAUUGAAUCAGGAAUUAAAUUAACCUCUAAUGAUGAAUGCCAACAUCAUGAAUUGGAUAAAAUAUCAUCAUCAUCGUCACCGAUAUCCACACCUACAACAAUAGUAACACGACAAACAACAUCCAUCACAGUAGUUAAUAAUUCGAAUUCAUAUAUUAAUGAUGAAAAUAAGGAUCAAUUAAAUGUAUUUAAUCAGAGAAAUAGAACAGAUCAGAUAAAUUUAUUUGAUGAUGAAAAAGAUUCACAUAUUCCAUCGAUUCAAUUCCAGUUAAAUGAUCAUGAUUCUGAAGAUUUUACUACUGAAAUUGAUGGAAGUAAUGGUAAAUUAACAUUAUGGCAAUUUUUAUUAGAAUUAUUAUUAUCCAAUAAAUAUGAACAUAUAAUAAGAUGGACAAAUAAACGUGGUGAAUUUAUAUUAGUACAAGCUGAAAUUGUAGCCAAAUUAUGGGGUAUGCGUAAAGAUAAAAAUCAUCGUAUGAAUUAUGAUAAAUUAAGUCGUGCAUUACGUUAUUAUUAUCAAAAAAAUAUUAUACGUAAAGUACAUGGACGUAAAUUUGUAUAUCAAUUUAUCGGAUUAAAAAAUUUAAUUAAAUUUUGUUGUACAUCAAUGAAUUCCACACCGAUAACAACAUCAGUAACACCGCCAACAGUUGUCACUUCAACAUUAACAUCAUUGAAUCAUUUGCCAGUAUAUUCAAACAUUGACAAUAACAAUUCAUCCGUAACAUCAUCAUUAUAUCAUACUAGUAAAUUAAAUGAAUUAUUUAAUCAUAGUCAAAAACAACAUCAAGAUUGGUUUUAUACACCUCCUCAACAUGAUUGUAAACAUACUACUAAUACUACUGCUAGUAAUGCUACUAACAAUAUUCUAAACACCAUUAAUAAUGUGAAUAACUGUACUUUAACAUCUACACAAACUGAUAAAGCUCCAAAUUUGAACUGUUCAACCAAUAAUUCAAUAUAUUCUCCGACUAAUUUGGAUAUAACAACAAUUACAACAUUUAUCAAUUCAUAUUUGAAUAAGAACAGUUACGAAACGAAUACUAUUACAAACAAUAAUAAUGAUCAUGAUAAUAACGACAAUAAUAUCCUCCUAAAUCAUGCUAGUGAAUCAACAUCAACCUUAUCUGAUCAAAGUCAAAUUAAAACUUCAUAUGAGAUGAACGACUUCAAUGAUUUUAUUUCUUCUUGGGUAUCUAUAAUGUCACAAAGUAAUUAUUUGAAUAACUUUCGAUUAAUGGAAUGUUUUAAACAAUCAAGUAGUUUAUUAAACCUAUUUAAUUGUCGUAAUAUUGAAGAAUUUAAUAUGGAUCAAGAAAAACAAAUCUAUUCAACUGAUCCAUGUUGUCGAAUAGAACAAACCAAUUCAAUGUUACAUAAAGAAAAAAUUAUUAGCAAUACUACUGAUAAUAAUAAUAAUAAUCAAUAUAUGAAUAAUCAAAUUAUUGAUCAUUGUCCAAUGAAUUUACAUGUUAAUUAUCAUCCAGAUUUAAUGAAUAAUUAUGAUUCAGAAUUAUGGAAAGUUGAAGAUAUUACACAAUAUGAAAAAGAUAAUCCAAUCAAUUUUACUCCAACCAAUUUAGGAAUAUCUGAGAAAUUACAAUUUAAACAAUAUUCUCAACAAGAUAAUAACAGACCUCGAUCACCAUGUUGUGAAUGUAGUUGUCAUAUACAAUUAACACAUGAAUCUAAUUAUCCUUUCAUGCAAACUAUAAAGAAUCAAAUCAACUUAUCUCAUUUAACAGAUAAUAAUAAUAAGAUCAUAGAAAAGUUAAGAGAUUAUUCAAAUAAACAAUCAAUAAGUGGAAAUUCUGAUGAAUUGCCAACUAAAUUACAUAAUAAACGUCAUUCAAUUAAUAUGAAACGUUUAAGUGAACAAUUGACACGUUUAAAUCAUUUAAAUUCAACGGGUAAUUAUUCAAAUAAUAAUUUAAUGUUUAUAAACAAAUAUUCUUCAAUAAAUAAUUUAACAAAAUCGAAUCUUAUGAAAGAUGAACAAAUUACUAAUCAUAAUGAAGAUAUUCAUAAGAAUGAUUAUUUUUCUACUGAUGAGUGUAAUAAGAUACCGCUGACAAAAAAUGUAAUUUUAUCUGAUUCGAAAAUGACGUCGAAUUUAAAUUCUUCAACGGUAAACACCACUUACAACAGUAGUAGAGCUGAUACUAUGAGUAUGUCAUCUUUACCGACAUUAUCUAUGUCAGAGAAUAAAUGUGUAUGGAUGCCGGUACCUGUGACUAUGUUGAAUUCAUGGUUUAAUUUAUUAUCAAAUAUAAAAGGUCUUAAUAAUAAUUCGAUAAAUCAAUCGAAUUUUAUGACAUUAUCACCCUUUUCCACUUCCUCCUCAUCAUCAUCAACAUCAUCGUCAUCAAUGUCGUCAACAUCUUUAUCGUCAUCAUCAGUGAAUAACAAAUAAACUGUUGUAAAUUUCUAGGAGUUUGACAAUUACUGCAUGAAAUACAUACUAUCUUUUACAUUUCACUUUAAAUGAUCGUCAAAUUUAUAAACAUCCUUGUUGGCUCAUACUAAUUAUUCUAAAUACAUUUUGUUAUCAUAAGUGAUAUGUGUAAACAUUCCACACAUGAAAAGAAGAUAGUUAUACAAUCAUACCUGUGUUAUAUAUAUGAUCAAUUGUACAUUAAUUUAAUUCACUGACAAAAGUAAACCGGACUCAAAAACCUUGAAAAAAGAACCGUAAAACAAAAUCUAACAACCAACUCAUUUGUUUAUUUCAUGAUCCUUUUUUGUUUUCUAUUUUUAGCGAAAGAAAAAACAGUAAAAAAGAACUGUUCUUAUUUCAGUUUAUUUUGUUUAGCCUAUAAUUUUCUUGUUAUUCUAAAUGAAUAUACAUUCUUAUGAGUGAUAUUCAAAGUUUGCUGUCUAUGCCAUCGGAGAUUAAUGUUAAUGUGAUAAUAUACUUAUAUAUUUGUG